AUGUAUCUCUUCGGCAUGCUCUUCUCCAUCAUCGCCCUCGUUCUCCCCGUCAUUGCACAAGAGACAAGCAACAGCACCGACGCCCCGGUGACUCAGAACAACCCUCUCCGCUCCACAUUCCAAGCGGUUCUGCAAGCCGAUAAACCUGUUCAAGGCCAGAUCACGGGGGUGUCCAAUGACAAUGGCACCGGUGUCAAUUUCAACGUCAACUUCUUCAACUUCCCUCUCGUCACGCAAGGCCCUUUCAAUUACCAUAUCCAUGAAUACCCCGUCCCUGCAUCUGGAAACUGCACCGCCACCGGCGGCCACCUCUCACCUUUCGGGCGACAAGAGACCCCCGCCUGCGACGCCACCGCUCCUUGGACCUGCCAACCAGGCGACCUCUCGGGGAAGCACGGCAACAUCUCCUCCCAACUUACCUCUUCCGCCUCCCAGGACUCUCAAGCCGUCGGCACCUUUCAGGCCAUGUACCUCGACCUGUACCUGAGUACCAAUCCAAGCAAUGUUGCGUUCUUCGGAAAUCGGAGUGUGGUGGUGCACAGUGCGAAUGGAACUAGGUUGAAUUGCGGCAAUUUCACACAGAUGAACGCUAGUUCGAGCAGUGGGGGAAACAACGCGAAUGGGACAAACACCACUACUACGCCUACGGCUUCAACUACACACAACGUUGCGGCUGCGGCUGGUGUGUUGAAGUGGGAGAUUUUGAUGGCGAUUGCGGCCGGUCUAGGUAUUAUCCCUUUGGCGGGCGACUUGAUUUGA